GGGCCCUAUCCAGGCGGUUACCAAAUACCAAACCCGUCUUAUUCUAUGGCAGGACCAACUCAGGGAAUGUACAUUCCACCAAGCGCAUACGGAUCUGGCCAGGGCGUCAUGAGCAAUAUGCCUCAAUACUAUCCCGGACAACCGCAGUCCCACCCACAACAAUCCAACCCAUUCUACGGGGUUCCUACAACAAACCAACCACAAAUUCAUCCUGGAGCAUAUCCGUCUCAUCCACCAGGGCCUUAUUCUAUGCAGCAAAUGGAAGCAUCACUUCCGGCUCCCCAAGCCGGGACGGACCCAAGUAGCAUGUAUCCGUCAACCGCUGCUGCCCACACUCCUGGUCAACAUCCAUCAGCUAACACAAUCGCAGCGGAAGAUCCCAGUACUGUUCAACCACCCUCGUACUCACAGUUACCUGAUAGACCAGCAGAGGAUUCUCAACCGGCCACAUCGACGGGAAAUUAUCCAAGCACGGGCUAUUCACAGCCUCAAGCUGCUUUGCUGGAGGGCCAAUUGAUUUCUUUUGAUUGAUCUCAUUCUGCUCGGUUCGUCCGUAAUUGUGACACAGUAAUAGCUAUUGAACCGGGUUUCAUUUACUCGCCUACCUAACUCUCGUUACUUCCUAUCACUUUACCGUGUUCUCUUGUUCAUCAGCUUCGUGAUUUGUUGUGGGUCUGCUUAGCUCCCACCCAGCUCGCCUCAUAUAUGCCUUUGGACGCCAUCGUUUUCUCCAAUUUUUCAUUUGAUUGACAGCCAAACGAAUACACAAUGAACGGCCA